CACACGGUCUCGCUUGUUCCGUCCCCAGCGCAGGAUGUGAGGCGUCAGCAUCAGCACCGCAGCCCGUGUCUGGAAGAAGCGAAAAUAGCGCACAAUUUUGGCGCCUCAAAAACAUCGCGGUGCUGAAAUUACACAUUGCGUUAUCACCUUUCUGCGGAGACAGGAGAAGGCCACUCCAUGACAGUCUCGCCUCGCGCACAACGUCUUUGCGCAUCACACAGCAGCGGCGUCUCAUCGCGGAAUCGCUGAAAUACUACAGGACGCUAUUACACAACAUUUGGGUUUUACUGCGUACGGGACAAUAACCUGCUAUGGUCGCAGGGGUUCAUGGCAUGGCUCUCUGGGGAUUGUAUGGGCUUUUAUUCGGGCUGCUAAGGCUCGGCGCGGCUUGUCCUGUAUCGUGCUCGUGUAAUGCCUCGAGGAUCUCGUGUAUCGAUCAAGAACCAGGGAUCGAGGAUUUCCCUGUUUUGGUGCCCGAGACUGACAUGGAAAACAUCACGGAAAUAUACAUCUCAAAUCAAAAAAAGCUAUUAACAAUUAACGAGGACCAUAUGAAGUUCUACUCAAAUCUCAGGAAUUUAACAGUGACCAAUACUCACCUGACAUCUGUAUCUACGAUGGCCUUCUUCAACAAUUCCAAACUUCAAUAUCUGAAUCUCAGAGACAAUAAUUUAUCAACACUGUCAUGGAUGGCAAUUCGUAAUUCAAACAUGUCAACUUUGUUGUUGUCUGGGAACCCUUUGCAAUGUGUAUGUGAGAACAUCUGGAUUAAACUCUGGUUGGAUGACAGUGAGAGAGAGGGGCUGCAAUGUCUACAGGAAAGAGGAAGUGCAAAAGCCCUCAUCAGACUCACUCUUCCUUCAUGUGAAUAUCCGCAUGUUGAGGUAAUCCCUGCUGUCAUCAAUCAAAUGGCAGGAAGUGAUGCUACAGUGAUGUGUAGUGCAUCUGGGGCCCCGACCCCUGAACUCUUCUGGAGCUUAAAUUCAAGUGAUCACCCUCCUCUCAUAACCAGCCACGAGAUUAACAAAAUGGAUCUGCAGUCAGUGUUGACUCUAAGUGGACUUUCACCUGAUGACAACGGCCGAGAGCUCACCUGUAGCGCUGAGAACAUCGUCGGCCAGAAUGAGUCUUCAGUCCUGCUCAAUAUUCUCUUUCCCCCUUCUAUCGUGCAGCUGGAGGAGCCCGAAAGGCAUCAGGACUGGUGCAUCCCAUUCACUGUGACAGGCAACCCGAAGCCUGAGCUGCGCUGGUACCACGAGGGGAAGCUGCUGGAGGAACAGCAGUACAUCAGGACGGAGAUCCAUGAAAUCACAGAUACGGAGUACCACGGCUGUCUGCAACUGGUCAUCCCGACCCACAUCCAUAAUGGCAUUUACAAACUGGUGGCCAGCAAUGAGUUUGGAGAGGACAGCGGAAACAUCACGGCACACUUCAUGCACAGGCCUGAAGUGGACCACUCCGGGACAGAUGGAACAUUCUAUUAUGACACAACGUUUAGCCCUGAAACCCCGCCAUUGGAGGACAAAGUUGCGGUGUAUAUAGUGGUUGGGAUAGCUGGGGUUGCUUUAACUGGAUGCAUUCUCAUGUUAGUUUUCCUCAAGUAUGGCAGAAGCUCAAAAUUUGGCAUGAAGGGCUCUUCAUCUGUCAUUAGUAAUGACGACGACUCAGCCAGUCCCCUCCACCAUGUUUCCAACGGCAACAACACACCAUCAUCCUCAGAAAUCGGCCCGGAUGCCGUUAUUAUCGGAAUGACAAAGAUCCCAGUCAUUGAGAACCCGCAGUACUUCCGCAACCCUGGAAGCAUGCUCAAAUCGGACACUUUCGUCCAGCACAUAAAGCGUCACAACAUUCUUCUAAAAAGGGAGCUUGGAGAGGGUGCUUUUGGAAAAGUGUUCUUGGCAGAAUGCUACAACUUGACACCCGACCAAGAGAAGAUUUUGGUGGCUGUUAAGACGCUGAAAGAGGCCAGUGAAAGUGGGCGGGCAGAUUUCCACCGAGAGGCGGAGCUUCUUACCAACCUGCAACAUGAGCACAUUGUCAAGUUUUAUGGUGUGUGUGUAGAAAGUGACCCCCUCAUCAUGGUGUUUGAGUACAUGAAACAUGGAGACCUCAACAAGUUUCUCAGGGCUCAUGGUCCAGACGCGGUUCUGAUGGUGGAUGGGCAGCAGAGUUUGAUGGAGUUAACCCAGCCGCAGAUGCUGCACAUUGCUCAGCAGAUAGCAGCAGGAAUGGUGUAUCUGGCUUCACAGCAUUUUGUGCACAGAGACUUGGCCACACGAAACUGCCUGGUGGGAGAGAACCUGCUUGUGAAGAUCGGAGACUUUGGCAUGUCCAGAGAUGUCUACAGCACUGACUACUAUAGAGUGGGUGGUCACACCAUGCUGCCCAUUCGCUGGAUGCCUCCAGAGAGCAUCAUGUACAGGAGAUUCACCACAGAGAGUGACGUAUGGAGUCUGGGAGUGGUCCUGUGGGAAAUCUUUACCUAUGGCAAGCAGCCCUGGUACCAACUCUCAAAUAAUGAGGUGAUCGAGUGCAUCACACAGGGCCGAGUGCUUCAGAGACCUCGCACUUGUCCCAAAGAGGUGUAUGACCUAAUGCUGGGCUGCUGGCAGAGGGAGCCCUACAUGAGACUCAACAUCAAAGAAAUCCACAAUCUGCUCCAGAGUCUAGCCAAGGCCUCUCCGGUUUACCUGGACAUCCUGGGCUGACCCUGUGUGGGAUGUCUUUUUGUCAGUGUGGGUGUAAUCGUGAGAAAGAGAGACCGUGUAUAUGAGUGAAUGUGCGGGAUUAAAGGAGUAAGGGAUGGUUUAGAUUAGGGAGAGUGAUUAAAUAAAUAAUUUUGUGCGAGUGUUUAAAAAUAGCUUGUGCUUCAGCCUUCUCACCACAUAGACUAAAGGCCUUAAAAUUGACUUUUGAGUUUUACCCAUCUGGAUAUGUCCAUAUCUCUCAUGUACCAUACUAUUUUUCUUUAGAUCCUAAAUGAUCUACAAAAUGAACAAAUGGAAAAAUUUGUUGUAAAUAUGCGUUAAAGACAAUGUAGACCCUUUGUUUAACGGCCUUUAUGAAAAAGGUACUUUGGUUUAAGAAAGUUUUGUCACUUUUUGUUUAAUGAGAUGGACAAAAUCUGGAUUUGAUGAGGACCCAGUCACUAGCACAAUGCUGUCGAUGCCCUGGCGACACAUUCGGGCAGACUCGAUGCAGAUCGCAAUACUAUCCGCGGAGCAAACUAUGGAGUAACAAUCAUUUAACUGCCAGAUUGACAAUGAGUUUUAUUUUAUCCAUUAUUUUUUAAAAGGUCCAAUUUAAUUUUGGAUUAUUAUGCUAAUCCAUCCUCUCUGUGCCAAGAUUUGAUGUCUAACCCUGAGGUUGAUGAAAGGCGUGUUUUUGGAUGUGUCAGUGCGCCCCAUCAAACUCAGUCUGAACUUUGUAAUAGAAGCACAGGGAUAAAGACACCUCCGAUUUUUUCUUUUUGAAGAGGCUUGAGGGUGGAUGCUGAGUCGUAACUGCCAUGAUGUGACUAAUCAUUUUGGAGGCACAGGAAAACUACAUCCUGACAUGCUGAUGGCACUUCAAGAACGCUCACAGUUCCAAGCUUUUCACUACUGACUAUCCUGACCUGUGACACCAAUGGCAGCAGAUAAGGAAAAAUAAGUCUAUUUCAUGGCAAAAUAUACUGUAAUUAAAUAUUUGCAAUUUAUAUUUCAUCGUCUACGUCUACUUUUGAAUUGCUGUAAAAUGAGAAAGAUGCUUUUUGCCCACAGAAUGGUGUAGGAACUGCAUCUACCAGCAGAAUAUUACUGGAACAUGCUAACCAGCCAAACCUUGACCCAACAAAAGUAAAAAUCUUCUCAACUUUUGGUUGCAUAACAGCGCGUCACUUUUACAAUCUCGUGUUUUACCUCUAUGUCCUACGUCCACCAUCCCCAUGGCAACCAAUGGAUUUCUCUGAUGUAGCGUAAACUCUAGUGUGUAGGUGUCCUCGAUCGUCAUCAUGUUGCAAUUUAAUGGACCUUGCCUCUGGGAAGAUUUUGGGGAGAUUUCUUUCAUACCUGUUCUUAGGGAGUACAUACCGUAGAUGUUGUCCAUAAUGUAAUAGACCCUACUGAACAGCUGGAUUUGAUUUGCUCUCUGAUUAUUCAUUACUAUCUAUUUAUGUAUCGUCUACGAAAUAACUGCUAAAUAAUACAUGUAUGUGAUAAUCGACGAUCAAUUUGUUUUUGGUGUAUUGUGGACUGUUUCAAAGCGAUGGGCUUGGUGGGCACUGUGAUGUGAAUGUUCAUUUGACAAUGAUACGAGUUGGACUGGCCCUGAGGUCACAGCUGAAAGACCCAAUGAAGGGACAGUCUCGACUUGACCUGUGUGCUUCAACCCCACCAAACAAGAUAACAGAGGAGGACAACUGACAACAAACAGGAUUAAAUAGACUACAAAUGAAUGACCUUUAAUUAAAAAUACUAAUAUCAUAUGCCGUUAUCAGUAUUUCCUUAAGGCCAAAGUAUACUUCGGUUUUCCACGUGCCGCAAAUUUCGUCAUUAGCACACUACACAUGGACUGUCCUCGUGUAGCCCAAAAUUUGUAGACAGUCCUGAUCUUUCCAUGUUGUUGGCACAUGCACCAGCCAUUGACUGUACUAAAGAGUAUCACAGUAACGCGUCCGUUUCAGCUUGCGGUCAAAAGAGUAUACUUUGAAGCGUAACUCGUCUCGCACCAUUUCUGCUACGGACACGAAUGUCAUUGUAAAUUGUUCAUCUUAAGGAGAGGUUUCGAUGUAAUUGGACUACAUAUUUUUACCUGGCAGUCAAUAAAACAGAACAAAUAAGAGUUGUACUGAAGAAGGGACCCAUGCCAUCUCUAAGGACCAGAAUAUCAAAGAGACUUGGUGGGCUCUUUUGACUUGGGCAAGUAAGCAACCACUUAGCUUGAUGCUUGAGUUACCAACUAGCGACCACCAAGAACUACCUAGCAACACAUCAACCAGAAUACGUUCAGAAUCAUGGCAGCGAGUUUUGCACUAGCAAGCAACACUCACAUUUUCUUCAGAAAAUUUAAGAAUCUAGUUUGUGGUGACGUAGAUUGACAGACUUAAAUUUAUCAAGCAUAGAGCAUUUCUACGGCAUAUUUAUGAAUAUUACCCACAUUGAAUUUUAGAUUUAAUUGUAUUCAUAAACCCACUGAUGACCCGCUUGACCACACAACCAAUUACAAUUCGUCCCAUGAAGACUAAAUCUAAUCCAGUUUCUCAAGUUUACUAUCAUCUCUGUUGACUAACUCCAGGGUACAAUAUUUGUAUGACUUGUCCUCCUCUGCAUGGGUAAAAUGUUUCUCUAUUUUCAGAUUGAGGGGGCGCUUUGUGGUCUCCAUCAACACAUUUUGUGCCGAACUACUGAUUCUUUGGGGUAAGAAGUAUUGCAGAUGUAUUGCUCCGAGUGUGUCUGUAUAUAUGCAAUUAGACUGUAAAUAUAAAUGAGCAGGAUCAAUCAUUCUUUGUACACUGAUGUCAAAAUUCUUUCCAAACGGUCCACUGGCAGGACCUACUUUAAUAGCCGACUACACAACAUCACAGAACGUACGAGUUGUUGAACAGGAUGUCCAAUCAAGUGUUGGUCAUUACGGUCAUGAUCUUUUGAGCAGCGACUUUUAAUGACCUCUUAGAGCUUUGCACUUUCUUUAUAGAUGUACUGCUCAUAUUUUUGUAGUUUUCACCCUACAAUUGUAAGCACUGCAAAAACGGGGGGGGUGGGGGGUGAGGAGCAGAAAUGCACUGAAAGAGGUUGUUUAAAUUGAAGGGGGCUAUUUGCUAACAGUACAGAUAUGGAAGACAUGUAUUCAGUCAGUUACGCUGAACAAUUUUUCUUGAGUUGUGGCAGACUGACUUAAUGUAAAGACUUUAUUGAACAAAUAUGGCAUUUUCUCAGUUCUUGGUAUAAGGAUUUAUGUCUGUUCUAAAAAGCCAGCCUGUACUUUAUAAUCAAUUCUGUACAGUUCUAAUAGAUGUCUAUAUAAAUAGUAUGUUCUCUCUAUAUAUUCUGUUUAAAAAAAAAAAACAGGCAUCAUGUCAAAAUGUGUGAUAUUAUAAAGGGAAGAAAAACUCAUCUAAUGGACCUUCGGCAAUAUGUGAGUGUAAAUACAGUUUAUUUAACGUGGCAAUGUAUUUGUUUUUCUGUUGUUGUUCACAAUGAAAAAUUUCUUUAAAAAAAAAAAUAAAAAAAUAAAAAUCUCUGUAAUUGAUCAACUAGCCUUUUCCCUUAUGUAGUAUGUAAUUAUUAUAACCCUUAAUAUUGUUAUGGGUUGGUUUUACAUUAAGGAAUGCCAUAUUAAUGGCAACCUUUGUCCCAGUCACCAUCUACAUCCAGGGGGGAAAGGGUCAAGUGUUCAUCCAUCCUCAUUUGAUAUAUUAAAACCUCUUAAACAUUCUAUAUGAAUGAAGAACUGUGAUUGAUUACUGAAACACUGUUUAUGAAUUUGUUUUAGUUUGUUUCAUGCUCUGUAUGGGUGAAUUUCAUGAAAACUGUCAAGCAAUGUCCAGGUCAGAUUUCAGAUUUGCAAUUUAAUUUAUUCCACUUUUUCACCUUUUUUUUAAGCUGGGUCACUGGUGGUGAGUGUGAAUGUGUCUGUUUACAUGCGUGAUCUGCUGUGCGUGUGCGAGUGCGCUCCCGGCAGACUCUCUCACGGCUUUAGGUGUCAGUACUCUUAUGCUUGUGCAUCCUGUGAGAAGCUUCUCUGCAGUCAAUGGAAAUGUUCCUUGUACUACUGUGCAUUUAAUAAAAGUGGUAUGUCUUACAA